AUGGGUAGCCAAGGGCAGUUUCCACUUACACAGAACGUCACGGUUGUUGAAGGGGGAACAGCAAAUUUGACCUGCAGGGUCGAUCACAAUGAUAACACCUCCCUCCAGUGGUCAAAUCCAGCUCAACAGACACUGUACUUCGAUGACAAGAAAGCUCUGAGGGACAACAGAAUUGAGCUGGUCCGAGCUUCGUGGCAUGAACUGAGUAUCAGUGUCAGUGAUGUGUCUCUGUCAGAUGAAGGGCAGUACACCUGCUCUUUAUUUACUAUGCCUGUCAAAACUUCCAAGGCUUUUCUUACCGUUCUCGGUGUUCCCGAGAAGCCACAAAUUACUGGAUUUACCUCACCAGUUAUGGAGGGAGAGAGGAUGCAGCUAACUUGCAAGACGUCUGGUAGUAAACCAGCAGCGGAUAUCAGAUGGUUCAAGAACGACAAAGAAGUUAAAGAUGUUAAAUAUUUAAAAGAAGAAGAUGCAAAUCGUAAAACAUUCACAGUCAGCAGCACACUGGAUUUCCUAGCAGAUCGCAAUGAUGAUGGUGCAGUUGUAAGUUGCAGAGUAGAUCAUGAGUCCCUAAACUCUACACCUCAGAUAGCAAUGCAGGUUCUAGAAAUACACUAUACACCUUUAGUUAAAAUCAUUUCCUCCAAUUCAUGGCCUGAAGAAGGACAAUCUAUAAUUUUGACUUGUGAAUCCAAAGGAAAACCAGUGCCAGAACCAGUACUGUGGACAAAGGACGGUGGAGAACUACCAGAUCCAGAGAGAAUGGUUGUCAACGGCAGGGUCCUAAGCAUCAGUUUCCUAAACAAAACAGACAAUGGCACAUACCGAUGUGAAGCAAAAAAUCCUAUUGGCCGAAACAGCACAGAAUAUGUCCUGAUAGUACAUGAUGUUUUCAACACUUUGCUUCCCACUACUGUCAUCCCCUCCCUUACCACUGCAACAGUCACAACCACUGUAGCCUUAACAACCAGCACAACCACAUCGGCAACAGCCAUCAGCACCAGAGAUCCAAAUGCUUUGGCUGGACAGACCGGACCUGACCAUGCUCUUAUAGGAGGAAUAGUGGCUGUAGUUGUCUUUGUAACACUAUGUUCUAUAAUUCUCCUUGGUCGAUACCUGGCAAGACAUAAAGGAACAUAUUUAACAAAUGAAGCAAAAGGAGCUGAAGAUGCACCUGAUGCCGACACAGCCAUUAUCAAUGCAGAAGGCAGCCAAGUCAAUGCAGAGGAGAAAAAAGAGUAUUUCAUUUAGAUGCAGAGCUAGAAUCUUGGAGUUUUACUUAUCAGGCUGACUGCUGGAGAAAACUGGCUAUCAUUUCUCAGAAUUCAUUUCUGCCAUCUUCUGCUAUCUUAAUUAACUCGCAUACCUGCUAUAAGUAGCCAGUUUAUGCCAACAAUCAGCUGUUGACGUCAUCAUUCUAGAAUUACAGUAUCAUGCGUAAAGCAGGACAUUUCUUAUUGCCUAAAAUUCAUAUCCACUGCUCUCUUAACAUACAGUGCUUGAAUAUACAGCCUUAACAAUGUUAAUCACCAUCUUAAUCCAAGUUUUCCACAUUUUUAAAUGUUGUGCAGCUUGCUUCUUUUUCAGUUUUCUUUUAUCAUGUCCCUACUAGUGUGUCAUAGAACAAUAUUCAUAACAAAUACUAUUAGGUAAGGACCUAAUUUACUUACAUAAAAUGUUAAGUCUAAGAUUAGAGGUUUACCAAGAAUGUUUUAUACAUGUCUAUCUAUAAUUCAAAAAGCAACUUGUUUUUGAGACAUAUGCCCUAGGAAACACAAACUGAAAUCUUUUUAGUAUAGUUUCUUGUAUGCCUGGAUUUGGUGGAAAAAAACCUAUCAGUCCGCUGAUUUUUUUGUUUUAUUUUGCUUUGUUUUGUUAUGUUUUAAAUGGUACCUUGACAACAGUGCCAUGUUUCAGUGGUGAAAACAUGCUGAAUAGCUAUACAGAUUCUGCAAAGUUAGAUAAUAGUGCUUCAUUUGAAACAAAUUUGUCCUGCCUUUUUACUGCUUUUUGGGAUCGCAAACAUUAGAGAACUUUCUGAGGAAUUUCUGUUUUUAUAAUUUAUUUGCUUCACAUGAACUCACCUGCCUACUCAAAUUUGAAGUGUUCAUGGGGCACAACUGCAAGGCAUUUUAGUAUCUGUAUAUAGUGCAUAUAAUAAAUUCAAUUAAACAUUAUUUGAUACAUAUUUAACUUUUUUGGCAGUAGCUAAGUCAGUCACAAGUAAGCAUUUUCUAAUGUCCAUUAUAUCCCUUUAGCUAUGACUCAAAUUAAUAUUCUGAGUAGAUAACAUGUAUUAGUAUUCUUUUGUCUGUAUGUCCUAGCACUGUUCAGCAGCAAACUUUUCUAGUUCUUGUUAAUUUUUUCUUUGUUAUACAAUGGAAGCACAAUGUUAUAUGGAAAGGUAGUUUUAAGCUAACAACCAGUGCACAGCCUCAGGUUUUAAAUUACAACCACAUUUGAUUACUAUCCUUAAAAAAUACUAUUGAGUUGCUAAAAUUCUCGAUUUUUAAUUUGGCAGUUCCAGAGCUGCUUCUCUAAGUUGGUUUGCCAAAAAAA